UCCAUCUCUUGUGUGCUUUAGGGGAGCUUUCCACUCUGCCUGAGAAAACACACCUAGAAAAAGCACGAACGUCAAUCCCCGCCAUUCCCUCGGGGUCUCCCAACCUCCCCCAGCCUCCAGAGAGCAAAGCGCGAAGGGGCGCGGCAGCCCGGACCAGCCCACAGCCACACGCAGCCUCGCAGUCUCGCCAGUCCCCUGCCGUCGCAGCAGCUGCAGCCGGUUGGAGAUGGGGCAGUGGCGGGGGCGCAGGGACUGCACAGGGAGCCUUGGUUGUUAGCUCCCAGGUCUAGGUGCGUGCAGCCGCCGUGAGCAGCUCGUAGCCAGCGUGGGUCUGUGGUGACAGUGCAGUGAAGGCUGGGCACCGGCUCGAGUUGAGACCCCGGAGGCACAAGCCAUGACGGACGCCAGCCAAAAGAAGGAGGGCUUCAAGAAAUGUAGGAGCGCCACUUUCAGCAUCGAUGGGUACAGCUUCACUAUCGUUGCAAAUGAAGCAGGAGAUAAGAAUGCCCGUCCACUUGCCCGCUUCUCCCGGUCUAAGUCGCAGAACUGUCUAUGGAACUCCCUUAUUGAUGGGCUCACUGGGAAUGUCAAGGAGAAGCCACGGCCAACAAUUGUUCAGGACACCCGACCCCCGGAGGAAAUUCUGGCAGAUGAGUUGCCACAACUGGAUAGCCCAGAAGCUUUGGUGAAGACGUCCUUCAGGUUACGGUCUUUGGUCAAGCAGUUGGAACGAGGGGAGGCCUCUGUGGUGGAUCUGAAGAAGAACCUGGAAUAUGCAGCGACUGUGCUUGAGUCUGUAUAUAUCGAUGAAACAAGGCGUCUUCUGGAUACAGAGGACGAGCUUAGUGACAUUCAGUCAGAUGCUGUGCCUUCUGAGGUCCGAGACUGGCUGGCUUCCACCUUCACACGACAGAUGGGGAUGAUGCUUAGGAGAAGUGACGAGAAGCCCCGGUUCAAGACCAUCGUCCACGCAGUGCAAGCUGGGAUAUUUGUGGAGAGAAUGUACAGGCGGACAUCAAACAUGGUUGGGUUGAGCUAUCCACCAGCUGUUAUUGACGCAUUAAAGGAUGUGGACAAAUGGUCCUUCGAUGUGUUUUCCCUCAACGAGGCCAGUGGAGAUCACGCAUUGAAAUUCAUUUUCUAUGAAUUACUCACACGCUAUGACCUGAUCAGCCGUUUUAAGAUUCCCAUUUCUGCACUUGUCUCAUUUGUGGAGGCCCUGGAAGUGGGAUACAGCAAGCACAAAAAUCCUUACCACAACCUGAUGCAUGCCGCUGACGUCACGCAAACCGUGCAUUACCUCCUCUAUAAGACAGGAGUAGCAAACUGGCUGACAGAACUGGAGAUCUUUGCAAUAAUCUUCUCGGCUGCCAUCCACGACUACGAACACACUGGAACUACCAACAAUUUCCACAUUCAGACACGGUCCGAUCCAGCUAUCUUGUAUAAUGACAGAUCUGUCCUGGAGAACCACCACUUGAGUGCAGCCUACCGCCUUCUUCAGGAUGACGAGGAGAUGAAUAUUUUGGUCAACCUCUCAAAGGAUGAUUGGAGGGAGUUUCGAACCUUGGUAAUUGAGAUGGUAAUGGCCACGGAUAUGUCCUGUCAUUUCCAGCAAAUCAAAGCCAUGAAGACAGCCCUGCAGCAGCCAGAAGCAAUUGAAAAGCCGAAAGCCUUAUCUUUGAUGCUGCACACAGCAGACAUCAGCCACCCUGCAAAAGCCUGGGACCUGCACCACCGCUGGACCAUGUCUCUCCUGGAGGAGUUCUUCAGACAGGGUGACAGAGAAGCUGAGCUGGGGCUGCCGUUUUCUCCUCUCUGUGACAGAAAGUCAACCAUGGUCGCUCAGUCACAAGUGGGUUUUAUUGACUUCAUUGUGGAACCCACCUUUACUGUGCUCACGGAUAUGACUGAGAAGAUUGUGAGUCCGUUAAUCGAUGAAACCUCCCAGACUGGUGGGACUGGCCAGAGGCGCUCAAGUUUGAACAGCAUCAACUCUUCAGAUGCAAAGCGAGCAGGUGUCAAGAGUUCUGGGUCAGAAGGAAGCGCUCCCAUCAACAAUUCUGUCAUCCCUGUUGACUACAAGAGUUUUAAAGCCACUUGGACUGAGGUGGUGCACAUCAAUCGGGAGCGGUGGCGGGCCAAGGUGCCCAAAGAAGAGAAAGCCAAAAAGGAAGCUGAAGAGAAGGAUCGCCUGGCUGCGGAGGAAAAGCAAAAGGAAAUGGAAGCCCAAAGCCAAACUGAACAAGGCAAAGCUGAGAAGCAGACAUCAGGAGAAGCGAAAGGUCAAGUCAAUGGAGCCCGUACAAACAAGGCGAAGAACCCCAAAGGCGACAAGGCAGGAGAAAAACAGCAGAAUGGUGACUUGAAAGAUGGGAAAAAUAAGGUCGACAAGAAGGAUCACUCCAGCACCGGAAAUGAUUCAAAGAAAACAGAUGGUACAAAGAAACGUUCUCAUGGCUCACCUGCUCCAAGCACUAGUUCCACAAGUCGCCUUACCUUGCCAGGAGACUACGGGUAAAACAUCCAUCCAGAAACGUCGUUGGAAGAUACCUGACCAUCUUCAAGUCAUCAAGCCUCCUUUACGUCACUUCAAACGCCCCGCUUAUGCGUCUAGCUCCUAUGCACCUUCAGUUCCAAAGAAAACGGAUGACCAUCCUGCAAGGUACAAGAUGCUGGAUCAGCGGAUCAAAAUGAAGAAGAUCCAGAACAUCUCUCAUCACUGGAACAAAAAAUAGGGCAAGCACAAGAAGAGAGGGAGUGAGGAAGGGCCUGCCUGCCUGCCUCUCAGCACCAAUCAGAUGCAGCGGUACACACCUGGGAAGUCAUGCAGCUGGCGCUCCUGUGACUGACUCUAAGAGGCAAAGUGAAAAUUGCUUGAGAUUCCCCUUGGUCAUUCUUUGAUACAUAUAACAGGCACUGGAUCCGGGAGUCAAUCCAGACUCCAAAAAGGAACUAGUAAAUGGUAGAUUUGAUUUUAUUAUAUUAGUCUUUAAAAGACUUAAGUUGCAACCAAAUUAAAAUGAUAUAUCUUGCUCCGAAAAUAAAAUUCUUCCCACUGCCAUGUUUUCUAAUCCCAAAGAGAUGACUUGCCCCUAUGCAAACACUGGCUCAAUAACUAUGAGGGGUAAGAAAUGUACUUCUAAAGAUAAUUUUCCAAUUAAAAUUAUGUUAUAUUGUGAAAUUAAAAUGUAGUUACAUCACUUUUCCUUUUGUUAUUCUCCUUCCAUACCCUCAUGCACACAUGCCCUUGAUCUCCCUCAGAAUUAUGGCCUCUUGCUUUGAUUGUUGAUAUUUUAUAUAUGUAUAUAUACAUAUAUAUUAAAUUAUAUAUAGCAAUUAUAUAUUUAUAUUCCUAAAUAUAUAAAUACAAUCUGCUCAGUCCCUAUGUUAUUUGCAUCUGUAUGUUUCCAAAACAGACUAUUUGGUACUGUGCUCUUCCCUGAGAUAAACUAACUUUCCCCCAGUCUCAGCAUUCCUUAUUUACAUAUAGUUCUUUGUAUGUGGUUGUAGCCCAGGGAAUUUCCCUGUUCCAUGUUAACAUGUCUGUUAGUGUUGUCCAAUUAUAAAUGCACUGAUUUACAUUUAGAAUACUUACUCAAAAUCCAAGCAGAUGUGUGACAUUCAAAGCAAACACAGCUGAAACAAAUGUACUUAUGAGCACAAAAUCAGAGAAAAGAUGGGUGAUGGGUUGCUUUUUUCAUGAAUUUUUCAGAAUUUAGGUUUAACAAAGUAGAUCCAAAGAA